GGGCUCUUCGCGCAGGCGCAGAGCCCGGUGGGGACAAAGGGUUGGUGCAGCUGCGGGAAUCGAGUGAGAGAGAAAACGGAAGGGAAUUGUUGCGAAAAGAGAUAGCACAAGGCACAGCUUGCUUGCAUACCAUUAGGGAUCAUCCACUCCAAGUGAGACAGACUUGAAAAGGGCUGGGAUAAAUGCUACCAGUCUGAACCUUGACUGUGAAGCCAUGGCCGCUACCUCUCACCUCAAUGUGGAUGCGCUCCGUGAAGUCUUGGAAUGCCCCAUUUGCAUGGAAUGCUUCACCGAAGAGCACCUGAGGCCAAAGCUGCUGCACUGUGGACACACCAUUUGCAAGCAGUGCUCCGAGAAGCUCCUUGCAAACAGCAUCAAUGGGAUACGCUGCCCCUUCUGUAGCAAAGUCACGAGAAUCACAAGCUUGGUCCAACUGACCGAUAACCUGACUGUGCUGAAGAUCAUAGACACGGCGGGUCUCAGUGAAACGGUCGGCAUACUCAUGUGCAAAGCUUGUGGGCGGCGACUUCCCAAGCAUUUCUGCAAGAACUGCAGCUUGGUCUUGUGUGAGGCGUGCAAAGAGGCUGAGCACAUGCAGCGGGGCCACAGCGUGGUUGCUAUCAAAGAGGCGGCCGAUGAACGGAGGAGGGAGUUCGGGGCCAGGCUGGGGCGUCUGCGAGAGUUCAUGGGGGACCUGCAGAAAAGAAAGGCAUCUUUGGACGGGGUUUCGAAGGACCUCCAAGGAAGGUACAAAGCAGUCCUACAAGAGUAUGGGAAAGAGGAGCGUAAGGUCCAGGAGGAGCUGGCCAGGUCCCGCAAGUUCUUCACCAGCUCCCUCUCUGAGGUGGAGAAAGUGAACAGCCAGAUCAUGGAGGAACAGGCCUACCUGCUGAACAUCGCCGAGGUACAGAUUGUGUCACGGUGCGAUUACUUCCUUGCCAAAAUUAAACAGGCUGACAUAGCCCUCUUAGAAGAAGAGGGCGAUGAGGAGGAACCCGAACUGCUGAACAGCCUUCCCAAAGAGCUGACCCUGCAAGAAGUGGAACUCCUCAAAGUAGGCCAUGUUGGGCCACUGCAGAUUGGACAGGUGGUCAAAAAACCUCGGAGCAUCAAUCUGGAGGAGUCGCUGCUGGAGACAGUAGCAGUGGCCUCUGUCUCCUUCAGGGAAGCGGAUGUGGCUGAGGAAGAGGCCGGCGUAGUGCACAAAUGCUCUUCGCCCACCAAGCCACGCAUCUCCGAAGCAGCUGCCAGCAUCCAGCAAUGCCACUUCCUCAAGAAGAUGGGCUCCAAGGGCAGCACGCCAGGGACUUUCAACCUGCCCGUCAGCCUCCAUGUCACUCCCCAGGGGGAGGUGCUGGUGGCAGAUCGGGGAAACUUCCGAAUCCAAGUCUUCACCCGCAAGGGCUUCCUAAAGGAGAUCCGCCGGAGUCCCAGCGGCAUUGACAGCUUUGUCCUCAGCUUCCUUGGUGCGGAUCUGCCCAACUUGACUCCCUUGUCAGUCACCAUGAACUGCCACGGGCUCAUUGGUGUGACUGACAGCUAUGACAACUCCGUGAAGGUGUACACACUGGACGGGCACUGUGUGGCGUGCCACAGGAGCCAACUGAGCAAGCCAUGGGGCAUCACCGCCCUCCCGUCGGGGCAGUUUGUAGUGACGGAUGUGGAAGGGGGAAAGCUUUGGUGCUUCACGGUAGACCGUGGCGUCGGGGUGGUGAAGUACAGCUGCCUGUGCAGUGCCGUGCGGCCAAAGUUUGUGACUUGCGAUGCCGAAGGGACCAUCUACUUCACCCAGGGGCUGGGCUUGAAUCUGGAAAACCGCCAACAUGAGCACCACUUGGAAGGCGGCUUUUCCAUUGGUUCUGUUGGCCCGGACGGGCAGCUUGGCCGGCAGAUCAGCCACUUCUUCUCAGAGAACGAGGACUUCCGGUGUAUUGCUGGGAUGUGUGUGGACGCCCGGGGGGAUCUGAUUGUUGCGGACAGCAGCCGGAAAGAAAUCCUGCAUUUCCCAAAGGGGGGUGGCUAUAACAUCUUAAUUCGAGAAGGACUCACGUGCCCCGUCGGCAUAGCCAUGACGCCCAAGGGGCAGCUCUUGGUCUUAGACUGUUGGGACCACUGCAUUAAGAUCUACAGUUACCACUUGAGGAGGUACUCCACGCCUUAAGCAGAGAAAGACACUUUUGUGUGUGGAUGUGCUAGAUUCUUGCAUUGUCCGCAGCAAAUCGACUGAUAUUUGGUGCCAUAGAUUUCAAGCAGGCUAUGCCACAAUCCUGGUUGAACUGGUGCAGUGGCCAUCAUUUGUUUUUGUUUCCGCUUAGAAGAAAAAUAGACCAUCUACAUGUGACAGUGUUGUGUUUUUUUAAAAAAAUACAGGUUAAGGUCAUCUCCUGGUUCAAUGGAAAAUGCUGUUAAAAAGAGCUGCAAUUUCUCUUAGUAGUGAGCAAUCCCUCCUGUCCUGCACCACCAGGUCUUCCCCCCACUUUCCCUCACUCCCUCUAACAGCACUCGCCUCCUUUAGUUGCCCUGUUCACCACAGUAGUAGGUAGCUUUCCCCCCACAAUUGAAUCCUUUUCAUUUCACAGUUGCAUGGUCAGAGCCGUCCACCACAGCAGUUUGAAAGCGCAACUUCUCUACUUAAAAAACCCAGGAUCUCGUCCAUCCUUAUGGCACCAAUACAACCCUACUGUUUGACUAGCGUGAGUGUUCAUUUGUGUGUGAGAGGCUGACUUUGAGCCCUUUGUUCAAUGUAAAGUAGGACUGGUGCCGUUGCAGGAAACCUGACUCGGAGAAGCCAGGAAUUGUCUCCCAGAAUUCUGCAGUCAUUAACAUUUUAAGCGGCCAGGGAAGGGUUGCAGGGUGGGAACACCAACCCCACACAGGGUGGGAUUGAUCGGGGUUUACUUGUUAUUCAGGACUCUUGUGUUAUCUGUUGCUUGGAAAAUGUCUUGGAAGGUCAUGUUUCUUGUUGACGUUUUGCCAAGGGAGGGAGAAAUUGGGAGUAAAUGAGAUCAAAUGUGACAAAUGAUAUGUUUAGCCGUGCACCUUCAAUGUCCUGCCUUCCACACCACUGCACUGCCUGAUGGGUUUCCACUGGUCUGUGCUGUAUAGAAAAGCUACUUGUCCGCAAGAUAGGAGAAAGGGGCUUUUUAUUUAAUUACAUGACAUUUCUCUCUCUCUCUGCCAAGGCUUCCCAUCUCAAUUCCUUUCACAGCAAAAUGCCACAUUGCCAGCAAUGCUGCUAGGCCUUAUUUAAGGCAACAGACAGGUUUGCUCAUCAGCCGACAGGCAUAUGGCUCAGGUCAGAUGAAGUGUGAAACCGCAGCUGGGUGAAUUAGCCCACCCAAGGCAUGCCCAGAUGGGACGACAAACGCACCCUCCAAUGUGCCUGAAAUGGCUCAGAGAAAGAAAACCACCUUGUUAAGCAUAAAUAGGACGCAGUUGCCCAGCAUUAAUCUGCUAGAAUUAACGGUGUCAGCUGUCAGUGGUGCCCUUGCAAAAGAACAGGCCUAGGGGAAUGAUUAUGAGCUGGUCCUGCGGUGGCUUGGGAUGUUGGCGGGUAAAAUUUCAGAUGAGACCUAGGACCAGGGAUAUCGUGGCCCUCGGAUUCUCAGCGUAGGCUACAGAGGGCCGUAAGCACAGCAUAGGCACUUGUGUUGAGGCUAUGCCGAGCAGAUUUGAGUGUUAAUUUGCCUCUGAAUGUGGCAAGUCUCAUUUAGAACAGAGAAUCACCAGAAUCAUUGUGGCCACAAGAGCUGGAUUACAAGCAUUCUUCCUACCAAUUUACUAAUGCAAGGAGGGGGACAGGUAGGCUGCUGUCUUUUCAAUUUUCUUUUGAUUUUUCUCAAAGUUAAGUCAGGGAAGCAUGGCAUGUAAUUUUUGUUAAGUGUGAUGUGAAGCAGAAGAGGAGGAGUGUAGAGGGACAAUACUCUGUGCGUAGUAAAUGAAACAGAUGUCUUAGAUGAUAGCCUUGGUGAGUGAAGGACUUCCUCCUCUACCACUGAAGCCCCUACCCAAGCCUUCUCUUAAAAAAAACAGCCAAGGUGCCACAUCUCCAGGCUUUUCUUUGCCAUAUCAUAGGGACUAGAAUUUUACUUUUAAUUCUAACACAAGCUGAGUUUUUUCUUACUGGAUUCCAUGUGAGAUACUGUAUAGUGAACUGCAGGCACAGUGACAUUACACUAUUUUUUUUUUAUGCCUUGAUUGCAGCCAAGCACUGCUUCUAAAAUGAGCAGAUUGCAUUUGUGUUAAUGCCCCAAGUACAGUGACAGUGACUUACAGUCCCAAAUGUAUGCCUGAAAUGGAAAAGCUGAUGAUGUGGACUGCCCCCUUCCUAUGCGAAUUUUAGCAUUAAUGGGUGUGUCCUGCCAUGGGGCCUUUAAGCCAAAUCAAGAGACAAAGGGCGGCUUCCAUAUGUAGAGACAAUUUGGAUUGCAGAUGAUCGCCUGGACAGUGGAACUCUUUUGUCUAAUUGCUGCGCUGCCUUCACCCCAGCCCUUUGAUAAACAUUACAUUUAUGGUUGCUUCCUAUCAUUUUUUGCAAUUUUGAAAUGUCUGCUUUUAUGAGCUGGCUGUUGCAGACAGCCUGUGCCAGUCUGGCUCGCAGAAGCAAUAUUGCAUUUUAUAAAUAAGCACUUCCCUCAUAUGUCAUUCCAGGGAGCAUCUUUUGUACUAAAUAUUCCACUACAGAGAGCAUUUUGGACAGCCAUAGAUUCAUUUAAGUGGACUUAAAGCCCGCUCUGUUCUGCUGACGGCGCAGUUGACUGCCCUGGCUUUAGCCAAAUAGCCACAUCACAGUUUAAGCUAAGUCUCCACCAUUUGUUCCACUCUGUGAUUGCAAAUGGGCAGAGGGGAGGGGAAUAGCAUAUCUUGGUUUAUGAUGCACUUGUGGCUCUCAGAGGUCACCCCCUACCCUCUUUGUAUGGCAGGAGAGACUCUUGUUCCCAUCUGCUCUGCUGUUUUGUUUUCAGCACAGAUGGGGAAAGAAACGGGAUGCUUGUACCUCAGCUGGAAUCCACGUGCCUCUCCUGGCAAAGUGAAACACUCUGCAAGGUCCUUUCCCUGGACCGAAAAGCACUUGCCCACUGCCCCCCAACUGCUUUGAUGGGAAAAGAAUCCCUUUUGCAGGUAGCUGCUAAUCAUAAUAUAUGCUCUUCAACAUUUUUAUUAAGGACUUGGAUGAGGAGGUGCAGAGAAAGUUUGUCAAGUGUGCAGAUGAUACAAUUUUUUUUGGGGGGGGGAUAGCUAAUACCAUGGAGGACAGAAACAACAUUCAAAAGGAUUUUGAUAGGCUAGAGCACUGGGCUGAAAACAACACAAUGAAAUUUAACAGGGAUAAGUGUAAAGUUCUAGGAAAAAAAGAUACCAAAUGUACAGUUAUAAGAUGAGGAUACUUGGCUUAGCAAUACUACAUGUGACAAGGAUUUGGAAUUGUUUCUCACAAGCUGAAUGAGCCAACAGUGUGAUGUAGCUGCAAAUGCUAUUUUAGACUGCAUUAACAGAGGUAGAGUUUCUAAAUCACGUGAAGUACUAGUUCUCCUUUAUUUGGCGCUGGUUAGGCCUCAUCUUGAGUAUUGUGUCCAGUUCUGGACACUUCACUUUAAAAAGAAGCACACAAGCAAACAAAUUCAGAGGAGGGCAACAGGGAUGAUCAGGGAACUGGAAAAACAGCCCUGUGGGGAGAGACUGAAAGAACUGGGCAUGUUUAGCCUUGAGAAGACCGAGGGGAGAUAUGAUAGCACUCUUCAAGUGCUUCAAGGUGUCACACAGAGGAGGGCCAGGUUUUCUUCUCGAUCAUCCCAGAGUACAGGACACAGAAUAAAGGGCUCAAGUUGGAGGAAGCCAGAUUCAGCUGAACAUCAGGAAAAACUUCCUGUUAAAGUGGUACGAUAACGGAACCAAUGACCUAGGAAGGUGGUGGGCUCUCCAACACUGGAUACAUUCAAGAGGCAGCUGGACAGCCACCUGUCAGGUAUGCUAAGUUAGAUUUCUGCAUUGAGCAGGGGGCUGGACUUGAUGGCCUUAUGGGCACCUUCCAACUUUACUAUUCUAUGAUUCUAGGUGCUGUGCCCCUACUCACUUUGCUCACCAACUCCCUCCCUUUACAGGUCACCAAAGCCACCCACCAUCUCCCUUUACAUCGGCCUGCCUCCAUCUCCAUUUCCUGCUGGUCCUGCAGCUCUCAGAAGUCUAUUGGCACACUGAACUUUGCAGCCGGCAGCCACGCAAAUUGCUGUGUAAUGACAUACAGAAUAUAUCCUACAUUGCAAGUAACAAAGCAAAACAAGAUGUUGCACCAUAUACUCAGACCCCAACAGGAACGCUCCUGGUUAGGGUGCCAGCUAGCUAUGCCUUCUUUCAGGACACCGAAACCCAAAAGAGGCUCAAAUACGACAAUCCUCCACCCGCAUUCCCAAGGUUCAUUUUCCAAUUGAUACUAAACCUUCUCUGACUUCUGCAGGCUGCUGAACAUGAUCAGGCCUCUGUGGGCUGUAUUUGGAGUCCCUAGCCCUUUGCCUUUUUUAAAAAUUACAAAUAUAUAUAUGUCUGUGUACAUAGGGAGUUGCCUAAAUGUGCACAAAUAUAUAUAUAUAUGGGGGGGAGCGCUCCUGUUUCUCUUCCAAACCCAACAGGCACUCGGCCACCUACGCUAGCUGUUGAUGUAUACAUAUGUGAAUUAACAAAUAGUUUGGUAACAGUUUUGUCACCUGCACAAAUAAUGUGUUUUAUUAUGACUUUUUGUUUCAAUCCCCUCUCUGUGCCUGCGUUUGCUGGGUUCUUAGAAGGCUGCGUAAUAGAGAGAAAAUUGAAUUAAACAUGCA